UUCUGCCCAGGUUUAGAAAUACCGACCUCAUUUCUCUUUGUGCUGACAUCAGGUCUCGACUAAAUAUACUCUCAAAUAUUGGCAUUACAUCCGGCACGCCAGCUCCCUCUUUUUGCUACUUUGGCUCUCCAUCCUCUCUAGUAUUGAGUAUCCCAUCUGUAUGCUUGAUAGCCCUAAUUUCACGACUAUUCUUAUUUCUUUUAUCCCGCUUAUCUGCGCACGCACAUCCACCAUAAAACGAGUCAUGUCAAAUGCAGAUUGCAUCACCAUCCUCGCCCAAGCGCUGAGCGACAACCCACACAAAAACGUGCUAAUGAAGAAUGCCCUCCAAGCCGCACAACCCAGCGACCACUCCGUGCUGAACCUGGGUUCUCCCAAAGACGCUGCCGAUUCCACACACUCGACCUCCAGCAAAUCCUCGCGCAGUUCCGACCUCCAGCCGGUAAACGACCCGUUCCUAGUAGACAAUAUCUUCAAGUCGCCGAAAAAGCGGCGGCGCGGGCUCCUCUCCUGGAGCGCAGUGCCCUCUGACUACACAUUGCACGGCAACCGGACAAUAAGCAUGUCCAGGGAGCUCUCGAGACACUCGCGCGUCAAGCAGCGGAGACAGAGCAUUCUGGGCACGAAAUCGCGCCAGCCGUCGUUGCGGCGGCGACAGACUAGCCGGAGCUCCAGCAAGGAGCAUGCGCGGAGCGCCAGCGACUCCGACUGGAGCUACAGGUGGGUCGCCGAAAUCAGUCGCCUCGACGCUGCCGCAGAGCUCCUCACCGACGCCCGUACCGUCCGAGGUGUCGUCGCCGGAACCGCGCCGAUGCAAAAAGGCGCAGUCGCUAGGCGUUUUUCCCUGCACACAAAAAGACCCUGUCGUCGGGUAACAGCCCCAUCGCCUCGGAGAUGCCGCCGCUGCCGGACUCGUGUUCGUCGGCCGCCAGCACGCUGCGUGGGGUGCCGCGCGCCACGCCGUAUAUCUCUGUCAGCGCAUUGCGCUUAGUCAGCGAUUCUGACCGCCAGUCGGGCCGCGAAUCCGUGGUGACAAUUCGGCAUCCGGAUCGGGCUAAAGUCAAGCAGCGGCCGGAUUCGGGGCGCCUUUCGGCUAUUGAUCGAGGCGAGUUGGUCAGCUGUCGUCUGUCGCCAGCCAGCUGCACCAAGAAAUGCGGGC